AAGAAGAAGUGCCGCGAGGUCCUCUCGCGCUCCCAUUCCCUCAGUCCUUGGCACUCAUUCAUUCGCUCAGUCAUUUUCGAACAGCAGCGAGUCCUGAGUCGGUCAUCAUUUUCUAAAGACAAUCAAGACAACGAUUUCCAAUAUGGUGGAGGAAUCCGGUAUGUCUGGGAUGUCCGGGAUGUCUGGGAUAUCUGAGCCGCCCAUGAUGUCCGGGAUGUCCAGUCCUGAUGCCCCUGGUGCGGCAGAUGCCGAAGAAGAGAGAAAGUGAGUAUUAACAAUAUUUCACUCUAUUCCGGGUACCAGGUAUGUUAACGCAACGAUCGUUAACAUAUAUACACGAAUUUUUUUAAACCCCACCUCGAAAUAUUUAGCGACACUACCCUUCCCUCUCCUCAGUGGCUGAUUCCGGAUAAACCACCAUAAAAAAAUCGCUCAUCUGGUGGAUGAGCGGGCUGAAUGUCGGCGUUUGUCGGGUGAAUGUCGGCGGGCGGCAUUUGGGACAGGGCUCGGAAAAUUAAUUUGUAAUGUAAUUUAAAAUUUGUAAUUCAAUCUUCGUUGUUAAUGCGUUACUGACGACACUGCUUUCACGGAGAAAUGACGCUACGUUUGCAUUCCAGUUUCGCAGAAGCCUAACGAGCACGUAAAUUUUACUUGAAACAUGAAACUUGAAAUGGGCAAUGAAAUGGUGUCUUUACUUCGACUUUGUUCUUCUCCUCGAUCUGAUCGCAUGGCAAAUGUGCGAUUUUUUUUUGGGGGGGGGUAUUUUCGUACAUUUACAUAGGCAUAGUUCAUGUAGUUCGAGUAGUUUUAUUACGUUGUCCCCGCCCAAAAGCAUGGUCAAUUCAAAAACAGGAGGCUGGCAGGAAAUAUUCUUGGCUGCAGGUACAGCAUGAGGUCCAUUCUAAAUACAGGAUGUGAACAUCGCAAAUUGUGGAGGCGUUCGCCAUAGCGGUUCAGGUAUACAUAUGUAGCCCAGGCAUUUUACAGCUGUUCGCAGAACAUAGCGCUGCGAAAAAGAAAAAGAAAACUACAGUGUAUUAUCUACAAGAAAAACGGAUCUCCACUAUGCAGGAUCUGAUAUAUUUACGUACGCAAACAUUUCAUUUCAGGAAGAAAAUUAUUAUUGCCCUUGUCGUGGUGUGCCUCCUUCUCAUCGGCGUUUUGAUUAUCCUGGCAUUCAUCUUGAGUGGCUCGAGCACUGAGAAAAGUGCAGAAGAGAAUGAUCCCGACGUGGAUUAUAAUUAUGAUCCAUCAUCAGGAGGGGGUGGUGGUUCAGCCCCAUCAAGCGCACCUCCACCACCUCCUACCCCAGGGGGCCCAACUCCUCCUCCCUCCCCGACCGUAACCACUACAACACACAUUCCGCACAACUUCAUCAUGUGCACCGUUGGAGCGACUUUCCGGUAUGACGACAGGUACCAGUCCGCGAAAUGUGAUUACUUCAUCUUCGACAGCAUCUUUCCAACGAAUAGCGGAUUCAUUGGGUCGGAGGAUCAACAUGCCUGGAAUGCUUUCAAACAUAUGACGUGGACAGGAAAUCCAAAACCGGAGUUUGGCGUUUCUUUUCCGGGAAAAUAUAUCGACGACUUGACCGAUCAAAUUUUUGGGAAAUCCGCCGAAGAUUUGAACGAUCUCUUGGCGAAAGGGUAUCGAUCGUUCGGCGUUCUUAACUGCUUCGGAACUGCGACCCUACUUUCCCGUCCGAACGGAGGUCCGUUCGGAACCCUCUUUGCUAAAAUAUUCAACUCUAUGACAGCAUCGCAAAGGAAGGCUGGCCUUAAAACCUUCUUCGUUGGGCUGCACCUGUCUGCAGGAUCAACUGCUCAGAGUUCUGCACUGAUGCGGUCCGCGGCCAAUAUCAACCAUCUGAACUUGCUCAUUCUUCAGACCCAUAUCACUCCCCUGCCUGCAGUGACUUCGAGCCCCUGCUUCAUCUACCCUACUGCCUCUUGGUCGCAAACUCCCAUCAAGAACAGCUCCUAUUCUUCAGUUCAACGGGCUGCACAGAUGUUCUCUGCUGCAUCCAGCACCGAUCUAUACUUUGGGAUUUCCUUCUCGCUGCGUGCCAACUUCUAUCAGCUUUCGUCGACGGCGACGUCGACGUCGGCAGGGUACACACGACCUUGCCUGUCUAGCAUCUCUGGAGACUUCAAAACCGCAUGCAAUCAAAUAAGAAAUUACUUCGCCCUCCCCGAGAGCACUGACUGUACACAUGGAGCAUUCGAUACUACGAGGAAAUACUCCCACACGUAUACUGCGCAGCCGUGCAUGAACACACUAUACAAUAAGACCAGUCAAGAAGUGCAAUACAGUCCGAGGCUUGGCGUUCUGCUAGUUGACGUCAAUAUGGACAACGUCGAAUGUCAACACUGGUCAGGGUGGCAGAGACUACAGAGAGUUAAAAUAAUGAGCGACCUCCUCCUCGGUUUACGUAGAGCGAACCCCUGAGAGAUUGCGCUGGAGGUGUCAACAGCGAGAUUUAAAUGGCUCACUUGAUCAAUAAAAGAUGGUUGCCGUA